GCCGCUGCGCGUUCGGCGGGGGAGGAGUUGGAGGCGGAGAAGAAGGCGGUGGUGGCGGGUGGAGGACCGAGCGCUGUUCUCGCUCCGGAGCCGCUGCACGGUUCGGCACCUUCUGCAGCUUAUUGUUUGUGUGAGUAAAAAUUAAAUCACAUCCAUAAUUCCACUGAACUGGGCACACAAAAACUGUCAUAUAUGUCACAGUAUACUGAAAAAGAGCCAGCAGCAAUGGAUCAAGAAUCCAGCAAAGCUGCCUGGCCCAAACCAGCAGGAGGAUAUCAGACAAUCACGGGCAGGAGAUAUGGAAGAAGACAUGCAUAUGUCAGUUUUAAACCGUGUAUGACCAGGCAUGAAAGAAGCUUAGGUCGAGCUGGUGAUGACUAUGAAGUGUUGGAACUAGAUGAUGUUCCAAAGGAAAAUUCCUCAGGUUCCAGUCCAUUGGAUCAAGUUCAGUCUUCUUUACCCAACGAUCCUUUAUUUGAAAAAAGUGAAACAGAAAUUUCCAUUUGUGAUACAACAUUGAAUCAAACUAUCGAGAGCAGUCCAUCCUUUGCUGCAGUACAUCAUUGUGAGGAAGGCAGGGACACCUUAGGAAGCAGUAGGAAUCUUCAUAAUCACUCUGAGGGAGAAUAUACUCCAGGAGCUUAUAAUGCUUCAAGUGUCCAAAAUGGAAUUGCAUUGGUUCAUACUGACUCUUAUGAUUCAGAUAGCAGACGUGGAGAGGAUAAUGACCGUCUUCAGCUUUCUACAGAAGUUGUGGAAGCUGGUAGAUAUCAGGAAGCACUGGGCAAUACAAUAUUUGAGUUAGGAAAUGAAGUAGAGGCAUAUACUAGUCUUUCACCGCCAGUUUCCUCUUUUAACUGUGAAAUAAGAGAUGAGUUUGAAGAGUUAGAUUCAGCGCCUUUAGUGAAAAGUUCUCAAGGUGAUACUGAGUUUGUCAAUCAGAUGUCCUCUUCUGAAAAUGAAGUCGUUAGAAAGAAAGAACAAAAUAAUAUUAGCCAGGAGAAACAGACAGAAAAUUCAACUGAAGAUUCAGCCUGUGCUCUGGGGCAUAUGUGCAGUGAACAAAAUACCAGGGAUAGGGCCAACCAGGGAAGUUCUCCUGAACAGGUAGUGAGACCCAAAGUUAAAAAACUGAUAAGUUCAAGCCAGGUGGACCAAGAAACAGGUUUUAAUAGGCAUGAAGCUAGACAAAGAAGUGUUCAGAGGUGGAGGGAGGCCUUGGAAGUUGAGGAAAAUGGCUCAGAUGACCUUUUAAUAAAAUGUGAUGACUAUGCUGGAGAACAUGACUGUAUGUUCUUGGAUCCACCCUACUCAAGAGUUACACAGAGGGAAACAGAAAAUAACCAAAUAACGUCAGAAAGUGGAGCCACAGCAGGAAGGCAAGAAGUUGUGGAUAACACCUUUUGGAAUGGCUGUGGAGAUUAUUACCAACUAUAUGACAAAGAUGAAGAUAGUUCAGAAUGCAGUGAUGGAGAAUGGUCUGCUUCUUUGCCUCAUCGAUUUUCUGGUACAGAAAAAGAUCAGUCCUCGAGUGAUGAAAGCUGGGAGACUCUACCAGGAAAAGAUGAGAAUGAACCUGAACUACAGAGUGAUAGCAGUGGUCCUGAAGAAAACCAAGAAUUAUCUCUUCAGGAAGGGGAACAGACAUCCUUGGAAGAGGGAGAAAUUCCUUGGUUACAGUACAGUGAAGUCAAUGAAAGCAGCAGUGAUGAGGGAAAUGAGCCUGCCAAUGAAUUUGCACAGCCAGAAGCUUUCAUGCUGGAUGGUAACAAUAACCUUGAGGAUGAUUCCAGUGUGAGUGAAGACUUAGAUGUGGACUGGAGUCUGUUUGAUGGCUUUGCGGAUGGACUAGGAGUUGCUGAAGCUAUUUCUUAUGUGGAUCCUCAGUUCCUCACCUACAUGGCACUAGAAGAACGCUUAGCCCAGGCUAUGGAGACUGCCCUGGCACAUUUAGAGUCUCUUGCAGUAGAUGUUGAGGUGGCCAAUCCACCAGCCAGUAAGGAGAGCAUUGAAGGUCUUCCAGAGACCCUUGUUCUCGAAGAUCACACUGCUAUUGGUCAGGAGCUAUGCUGUCCGAUUUGUUGCAGUGAAUAUAUUAAGGAUGAUAUAGCGACAGAGUUACCCUGUCACCAUUUCUUUCACAAACCUUGUGUCUCAAUUUGGCUACAGAAGUCAGGAACAUGCCCUGUGUGCCGCCGUCAUUUCCCACCUGCAGUUAUCGAAGCAUCUGCAGCUGAUUCCUCUGAGCCUGAUCAUGAUGCCCCACCUUCAAAUGACAGUACUGCAGAAGCCCCCUAAACCUUAACACUUGAAUGAGAUCAGUCUAUCAAAGUAAAUUUGCAAAUUCCUUCUAAAUCUGAUGUGCAAAUAAUUAUAUAUAAAUAUAUUAAAAUGCUAUAUAUAGUCAAUGCCAUAGUUUAGAAAGAGAAUAUUAACCUUUCUAAACUAAAUUUAGGUUUGCUGGGGGUACUAAACAUUUUCAAGCAGAAUGUUGAAGCCGUACAUCCAUUUUUUUUAGUUGAAUAUGUUGAUAUUAAUUGUAAAGUCAAGCUUAGCUGUUUACUCUGUCCAGAAGAAAUAAUCAUCUUUGUGGCACACAUUAUUGGUUUUUCUGAUGUACUGCCACUAAGUGAUUAUGAUUAAGCUCUCCUAUUUGCAUCAAAUGUGAAGACUGUGAUCACAACAGUAAUAAAAUUUGGUUUCAUUGGAAAUAAAAAAAAUCCUAAAGCAUACUUUUUCAUUGGUCACUUUGCUUUUGCUACAUCAAAACCUCUUGGUUCAUAAUACUGGUUUUUUUUGGUUGUUUUUUUUGUUGUUUUUUAGGAAGAUGUCUCUUCUUUCAUUUUUGUUUAAAAUUAGGACUUUUUUAGGGUGCCAGACAGAGGCUGAAAUUCUGGCUAAAGCAUCAUAAAAAAUUUAAAUCUUAAAUGUAAUCCCCUGGAAAUGGUUGUUAGGUAGUAAAAUAAUUUUUUCUUUUAAUGUUGGAUGUGCUUAAGGUGAGCUUAGUAAAGCAUGCAAACAAUCUAGUGUGCUCAGUGCUUGGUACAAUAAGAUGAAUUAUAUGGCCUCACCAAAAUCCUUCCUACUCGGUUAAAAUUAUACUUGAAGGUCCAGAACACUCAUGGCACGCUUGUUUAAUAAACAUUGAGUAUAGUUAAUUUAAGGUAAUUUUGGUUCUGAAAUAUUUUGGAAAAUUCAAAAACAUGCAUAAAGUGUUUUUAACACUCAUUCUCUUGUAUACUAAAGGAAAAUCUGAAUCCUUAAAAAGCUAGCAGGUUAAUUGUACUAACUUGUAUAAAGCAUAAAAUUGAUGGGGUGUAGGACAGAUUUGGCCAUACCUUUUUACAAAAUAUCUAAACCUUAAUGUGUUAUAAUUUAUUUCUUUAAAGUAUUUCUUUAAAAGGAUUAUUAUUACAUUUAUCAGUAUUUGUUUCUUUACACUGAUUUAUUUUGGUUAAAUUAUUCAUCUGGACCUAAAAUAAAAAUAGUUUCAAAUUAAGCUAAACUAAGCCAUGAGUGAAAAGGGAGUAAGUUGCCUAGUGACUGUGUGAACAGAAUUGAACAUGUAGCAGUUUUUCUUAUUUUCCUUUGUUUAAAAAAGAAAAGAAGAUCCUGACCUCAGAUAUACCCUCUAAAAGAGUUCUAUUCAAAAGCUUCUACAAAAGUGAGGAAAACAGCUUUUCUUCUUAUUUUUUUUAUGGAAAAUUUGACCCACAAACUUAAUCUUUAUAAAUGAUGUAUAAUCCCAGACUCAGAUUGCACAGCUUUCUGUUUAGGUUAUCAUACUCAGCAGGCUAUAAAGUACAAACAUUGAUGGAAUAUUUAACAUAUGAAUGUCAUUUGAUAUCAACACCAGAGAAUGAUGGCUGUUAGAAUACCAACCACAUUUGAGCAAGUAAAAUAGUAAAAGCACAUGGCGAGUGUACAUCCAUUCAAAUAAUAUAUUGAUAAUUUAGUUUGCACAUGUAAAAGGAAUAUUUAUAUAACUUCUCAAAUGCAAAAUUACAUUUUAUUUGUGUAAUUUCUCAGUGUUUAUAUUCCAUCUCUUUUUGUUAUUCUUAAAAAUAAAUGAAUUUUCACUGUUGGCACACUUGAGGCUUAAAAAUAAGGAACGUAACACUUGCAUUCUAAUUUUUGCAUAUACUGUAAAUGUGUCUGGUAUUUACAGCAAAAUACUGUGUAACCUUUUAUGGGUAAAACAAAACUGAACAUUGCAUGCAUGUAAUGUGGUGACUUUGUAACUUAGGGGUUCUUUGGGGCUUCUGUGACUUUGGAAAUGCUUACAUUCAGGCCUUAAUGUUGCAUUAGCUAGCAUGUUUUCCUUCUGAUGUAUAUAGUCACUGUUGUAUAAACUAAUCUUUGCUUGUUUUCUAUUCUGUGAUCUUUCCAUACUAUAUUUCAUUGAUGAUCAGUUAGUGUCAAAGUCAAAUCAGAUUAAAAUUAAUUCUCAUCUGUAUAUUGUGAAAAUUUGUAGCUAGGGUGAUUUUUGUUUGUUUGGUUUUCGGUUUCUGGAAAUUUGUAGCUAAGUGUGUUUUUUGUCGUUUUCUUUAAGUAACAUUGAUCAGUUGUGACACUAGUUAAACGGACAUGGCUACAGAUUUCUCUGUAAUAAGCCACACAUUAUAUUUAGGCAGUAUUAAGGGACCUUGGUUUUCUUCUUUUAGAUAGCAGCUGUCCCAAAGAAAAUAUUUCUUCUUUGCCUGUUAAGAUUUAGCUAUUAUCUGCCAGUUGUUAAGAGGUUUUGGUUCCAGCCUCAACCAGCAGUGUUGAGAGCUGAACUUAAGAUAGCUGUUGUACUUUUUGCUUUCCAUCUGUUUCUGUCCUUUAUUCUUGGCUCCCUACAAUCUAUAAACAGCUGCUAUGAAGGAGAAAAGUUGAAUAAGAGUUGGCUUAUAAAAUUCUUUAAAAAGGAAAUUGAGAUUUUUAGUAUUUUCACUGUAACAAGCUGAGGCUGACAAGUUCAGACACCAAAAUAUUCUUUGAUCAUAUCUUGGAUCCUUUUGAAAAAAUUUAGAAUAUAUGAAGAUAAAUUAGAAAUAAGUAUAAAUAUUAAUAAAAAAUGCUGUUUCCCUUAUUUCUCUAUAUGUUGUUACUUGACCUAAUAAUUUUAUUUUUUAAAACAUUUUUUCUUUCUUGUUAUAUGAAUGAUAAUAUUUAAAGGUAGAUCCAUGUGGGUUUUUUUGUGUUUCUUAAUUGUUUAUCUCUAAGCUAACUAACUUUUAAGAUUAUUUGUGAUCUGAAUUUAUAUAUAAGCUGUUAAAUAUAUAUGAACUGUUAAAAUGGAAUGCAAGUUUUUCAAAAGCCCAGGUCUAAAUGUAAUGAUUGGUUUAUUGUUCUACAACUCAGUCCAUUAUUUUCUGUGUAAAUCAUAAACAAUAAACAGGAUAUACACAGUGUUCAUUUCUAA